AUGGUGGCGCACGGGGCCGAAAUAAACAACGACGUGGCGAUUACGCAGAGCACGCAGAGUGGCGGACGAGGGCACGGGAGGGCCAUCACUUGUUCCAAGGAUGCUGAGGAUGAAGUUGUAACCAACUUGAAGGGUGUUGAUGUACAAAAGCCUUUGGGCCGUCGGCACAAAGGCAGAGUUGAUGGCGUGGGCAAUGGGCCAGAACUGUGCGGAUGCAAAAGAAAGUGUGUUAGGAGUUGCUGCACCUCCAGCGGGCGCUUGUAG